UACUCUUGUUGUUGGUAACUAAAAAAUGGCUAGCACAAAUCUCCUUGCCACAAGCAACGCCAUCAAAUUGAAUGGUCUCAGCUUCGUCGCCUCUUUCUCCGACAAACUUAACCACCACUUUCGUUUGUCACAGACGACUCGUAGAGUCCAUACUUCAUGUUGUUACCGUGAGAGGUCUUUGAAAGUUGUGACGUCCUUAGAGAGCCCUGAGGCAGAAACAAGCAGUGACACUGAAGGAACUGGAAUCGUCCGUUUUUUAAAAGGGAAAAGUUAUCUCGUUACGGGUGGAACAGGGUUUCUUGGCAAAGUGUUGAUUGAGAAAUUAUUGAGAGCAAGUCCUGAGAUUGGGAAGGUAUUCCUUCUGAUAAGAUCCAAAGAUCAAGAAUCAGCCAGCAAGAGACUCUGUGAUGAGAUCAUAAGCUCGGAUCUGUUCAAACUUCUGAAGAAAAUGCAUGGGAGCUCUUAUGAAGCUUUCAUGAAGAGCAAGUUGAUUCCAGUAAUUGGAGACAUUGGAGAAGACAAUCUAGGGAUCGAACCUGAAAUAGCAGACAUGGUUAGAGAUGACGUUGAUGUUAUUAUCAGUUGUGGUGGUCGUACAACAUUCGACGACAGAUACGACUCUGCCCUAAUUGUCAAUGCUCUUGGACCUGGUAGACUUUUGAGCUUCGGAAAGGAGUGCAAGAAACUGACACUUUUCCUCCACUUUUCAACUGCUUAUGUGACUGGCAAGAAAGAGGGAAUAGUACUAGAAACACCUCUCUGCAUUGGUGAAAACAUAACUUCUGACUUGAACAUCGGAUCCGAGCUAAAACUAGCUUCAGAAGCUGUAAGAAAGUUCCAUGGCAGUGAAGGAAUCAAGAAACUGAAAGAACUUGGAACUGAAAGAGCUCAACACUAUGGCUGGGAAAACAGUUACACAUUCACAAAAGCCAUAGGGGAGACUAUAAUUCACAGCAAUCGAGGACAUUUGCCUGUAGUGAUCAUAAGGCCUAGUAUUAUCGAAAGCUCUUACAAGGAGCCUUUCCCUGGCUGGAUCCAAGGAAUAAGAAUGGCUGAUCCAAUCGUCAUGGCCUAUGCCAAAGGCCAGAUUUCUGACUUCUGGGGAGAUUCUCAAGCUUUAUUAGAUGUUAUUCCAGUUGACAUGGUUGUGAAUGCAGCAAUAGCAGCCAUGGCAAAGCAUGGUUGUGGUGUCCCAGAGUUCAAAGUUUACAAUGUCACUUCUUCAUCUCAUUCGAAUCCAUUGCGAGUUGGAGAGUGGAUGGACCUCACUCAUCAAUAUCUUUGUGACUCUCCAUUGGAAGAAACAGUGACAGACUUAGUGCGUAUGAAAUUCCACACUUCCUUAGAAGGUUUCACUUCCUCUUUAUUGAACACAAUAACAAAACAUGAAAGAAAGAUUAACAAUGAAGGAGGAGGAUUGAGCAUGAAGGGAUAUAGGAAGCUAAACUAUUUUGUGUCCUUGGCAAGAACUUAUGAACCUUACACGUUCUUUCAAGCUCGGUUUGACGAUACAAAUACAACAAGUCUGAUACAAGAGCUGUCAGUGGAAGAGAGAAAGACGUUUGAGUUUGAUAUCAGAGGCAUUAACUGGGAGCAUUACAUUGCUAACAUCCAUCUUCCAGGUCUCAAAAGGCAUUUCUAUUAGCAAAGAUCCAGUCAAAGAAAGUGAUCAUUGACUAUUUGAAUGUGAUAGCAAUUACUCAGCUAAAAUCAUGAAACGUAAUGAGAGUUUUCCAAAUUUGUCAGUCAUGGGUUGUAAUAAGCUCUUUCAAGCAGAGCAGUGUGAUAUGUUGUGUUUUGUUUUUUUUGGGUGAAUAUAUGUUGUGUUUUGUUUUUAAAAUACUUUGGGUGACUGAAACUUGUAUUUCCUUUUAAUUUAGAGCAUCUUUACAAUAGGGUAUUUUAUCAAAAUAAUAUUAAUUUUGAUUA